AUGAAAGAGGUUGAAGUAUGGCUUCAAACAUUCUCACCAGGAACGCGCACCCCGAUUCACAGGCACUCGUGUGAAGAGGUUUUUGUUGUUCUCAAAGGCAGUGGCACUCUUUAUAUUGCAUCAAAUUCACAUGGGAAGUACCCUGGAAAGCCAGAGGAGCACUUUAUCUUUCCAAAUAGCACAUUUCAUAUUCCUGUUAAUGAUGUUCAUCAGCUUUGGAACACCAAUGAACAUGAGGAUUUACAAGUUCUGGUUACAAUAUCUCGUCCGCCAGUUAAAGUGUUUAUAUAUGAUGACUGGGCGAUGCCUCACAGUACAGCAAAAUUGAAAUUCCCCUACUAUUGGGAUGAGCAAUGUUCUCAAGAACCUUCAAAAGACGAACUGUGAUUUAUGGUCAAGGUUUACGCUUAGCACAUGUUUUAUUGCCGAGACUUUCUACUGUUGUAAAGUAUUUCUUUACUAUAUGUUUAAAACUGUUUGGUCA